UUUCGUUGCAACUACUUGCAAGAAAAUUUCCCUCUUGAAUUUUUUUUUUGUGAAUCAUGUUAAGUCAAGGCGUAAGUCAAGCUGGAAGUAUCGCUUCGUUAUCAGGCUCAAGUGAGACUAUUAGUGAUGAGUCGAAUAACAAUCAACAGGAACGUUUAAACAAGCGAAACAGCUUCGGCGGAAGUAGUUCUGUAUCGAAUUCUAAGUCGAAAAAACCUCCAUGGCGUACAAUUAUCAACCCGGCACCUCCUCCAAAGCCGGACAAACAGGCCAUGCUAAAAGCCAAGAUGUUGGAUGUUACACGCCUUCCUGUUUCCAGGCGAGCGAUUAUCAAGCAACGGAUGCAAGGGAGUCAAAGUGUGAGUGUUCAAACGGAUCCGCUGCCCACGAAAUGCAUGAAAGAUGUCUCGAUCGAUCAAAAAGGCUUGAUUGUCUUAAAGGAUCAGGGAAAUAUCACUGAUGGGAAUGUGAUGAUAAAAACUGAAACUGGAAAGUUUAUUUUGACGAAUUCUGUGGCAAUUUUGACGGAUAUUCCUUUAACGGAAGAUGCAGCGACUCAAACAGCUCUUCCGAAAAGUGAAGUUGACUUUCGGCAGUUUAUUGAACCGGAUAUUGAUGCCAUUCGACGGGAGGUUGAUGAGAUUUGUAAUGAAAGUAAGACGAACCGGGAGAAGCAAAAGAAAGAUAUUGACGAGUUAUUAAGGAAAUUUAAAGGUUCAGAAGAGAUUCCUGAAAUUAUUGAACCCGAAGACGAACUUGAAAGCAUCGAUUCUCUCGACAUUUCUCAAAACGAUGCCAAUUCCAUGAAAUCUCGUCUCGCCUCUUACGAAGCAACUCUUCCACGUCGUCCAAAUCUCAACACUUAUGCUCAUUGGACCAACCUUGAAUUUCCUGAAGCUGAAAUCCCGCCUAGCCUUCCUCGGAGAACUCAAAGUGAUGGCGUCGCGCCAUGGAAAAAUUUCAAAGACGUUAUUUUAGGAGAUCGUCUCGGCAAGAUGUCGCUUCCUCCGAUCACAGCUGCCCCCUUACAGCAAGAAAAAAUCAAAAAACGAACGAAUUGCAAAACCGUUUCUUGGAGCGACUCACACCAACGAGCCGUCAAUGACUUGAUAAACGAAGCCACAAGUCUCAUUCACGUCUUUGAUCAAAUCUCGCUUUUGCUUGGACCAAAUCUCGGCAAUUUAGCUCAAAUUCCAUCCAUUGAAGCUCUUACAGGUCAAAUGAAAGUUCCCGUAACGACUUCAAAUAAACGAGCCGAAGCGAGAGAAGCUUGCGCCGAGCUCCAAAAAAAGCUUGAGGAUUUUCAACCGAUGCAAUUUGCGGUAGCGCCUGAUUUGCCGCCAGAAUUGCAGCAAUAUGCGACGCUUUAAAAAAAAAUUGUUAAAAAAUUAAAUUGUUACAUA